AUCCAGCCGAGGCCCAAGCAAGGACAUCCCAUGGGCACCACGAGUUCUCCUGCAGCCCCCCUGUGGUCCUGGGUGGUGAGAAGCCCAGCGCCCACCACUCUCGCCAUCCUCCUGACCUGCCUCUUCCCCGGGGGGCAGAGCCAGACCCCCGGGGCUCUCCAGGAGAGCACAGUCCCCUUGGAGGUGCUGGGGCAGGGGCAACCUCACAGCCUGCUGCAGCCCAGCCUGCUCCAGGACACCCAGCUCUCCAACCACUCCGAGACCCUCCCCGGGAGCUCCAGCUCGGAGCCUCCCCUGCUGCCCCUCUGCGUCAAGCCUGCGGACAUCAGACACAUCUUCAAGUACAUCAACACCAUCGUCUCCUGCACCAUAUUCAUCGUGGGGAUCAUUGGGAACUCCACCCUGCUGAGGAUCAUUUACAAGAACAAGUGCAUGAGGAACGGGCCCAACGUCCUCAUCGCCAGCCUGGCGCUCGGGGACCUCCUCUACAUCCUCAUCGCUCUGCCCAUCAACGUCUACAAGCUCUUGGCCAAGGACUGGCCCUUUGGUGUGCAGGUCUGCAAGCUGGUGCCCUUCAUCCAGAAAGCCUCGGUGGGCAUCACGGUCCUCAGCCUCUGUGCUCUCAGCAUUGACAGGUACCGGGCGGUGGCCUCCUGGAGCCGGAUCCAGGGGAUUGGGAUCCCCCUGUGGAAGGCAGUGGAGGUGAUGCUCAUCUGGCUGGUGGCCGUCGUCCUCGCCGUGCCCGAGGCCAUCGCCUUCGACGUGGUGGAGCUCAGCUACUGGGAACGCCACCUGUGGGUCUGCAUGCUCGCCUCCGAGCAGGGGUCCCGCUUCAUGAUGUUCUACCGUGAUGUCAAGGACUGGUGGCUUUUUGGCUUCUACUUCUGCCUCCCCUUGGUGUGCACGGGCAUCUUCUACACCCUCAUGUCAUGUGAGAUGCUGAGCAAGAGGAACGGCAUGAGAAUCGCCCUGAACGACCACAUGAAACGGCGCCGGGAGGUGGCCAAGACCGGGUUCUGCCUGGUGGUGAUCUUCGCGCUCUGCUGGCUGCCCCUCCACCUCAGCCGCAUCCUCAAGAAGACCAUCUACGACCAGAUGGACCCCAACAGAUGUGAGCUGCUCAGCUUCCUCCUGGUGAUGGAUUACUUUGGGAUCAACAUGGCCUCCCUCAACUCCUGCAUCAACCCCGUGGCUCUCUACUUUGUCA